UGCGUAAAUAGUAUAAAGUAAAUCAGACAUAUGGCAAAUUGUUACACAUACAUGUACGAUAUAAAUACCGUUGAUUUUAUUCUGUGGUUUUAUUGUGACUGCAUUUCACCAGAAGCUAAGAGAUGAGGAUUAAAUCCACAGUGUUGUUCUUGGUUGUUUAUAUCUUUGCAAUUAAUACACUGGUGCGUGUUAUUUGCACAGAUCCUGAGGAGGAGUGGACUUUGGUUAGACAGAUGGGGUUCACUGGAUUCAAAAUUAAUCGGGUCCAAAAGUUUGAAGACGAAGAAACUCAAACCUAUACUACCAUUAUCGAAGCUCCGAAAGGAACUAAAAUGGACCUGCAUGACUCAAAAACCGACAUUCAUUACAACAUUUUACGGAACACUUCAGAGUGGAGACAAUUGUCCAUUGGCGAUGACCAAUCUUCUGCUCUUUACGAAGCAAAAAUAACAAUGGAAGCCUCUGAGCGCCUUUUACUGUGGAUUUCGCUUACUUAUGGACCACAAAGCCUGGAUAUUGACUUCAGUCCUUUUGUACAAAGUGUUGAACAGAAUGACUUCAAAUUCAACGAUUGUCAGUUUCAAGUGCAAAGAAUGGACGGUCCAGGUUGGACCAAAUACAAGAUAAUUGUCAGAGGGUGUGUGUGUAGGCGGUCUUUUUCGGCUUCUGUUGGGAAACAAACCUCUUCUGGAUUUGAGGAAACAGCAGGCGUAUCGGCAUUGUAUUUCUUUUCUUUUCAUUUGUACGAAGGAUCGAACAAGGACCAAACUUCGUCAAUAUUCAUCAACCGCACUGCACUUGCACAAGAUGGUGUAAAAAUUCAGUCACUGAAAUUCCUGAUCAUCAGAGACCCGGAUAACUUUUCCGAUCUUCUAACGCAAUCUAUCUUCGGGUACUUAUUGACAUAAGCUGUAACAAAGGUUAAAGGAUUUGCAUGAAAUAUUCAACUAUCCAAUUUUGACUUUUAAUAACCUUGGCUCCCAGUGUUUAUUGGGUCUGAUAAACAAUAAAGACAAAACAGAUAACAUUUGUAAAUCAAUAUUUGGCUGUUUCUUGAAUCAUCAAUAAAUGAUGAACAAAG